CUACUCCGCAAGGAUUCCAAAUCGCUGCAGACAAUGAUUUCGAAGCUUAGAGGGAGCUCCGCGGUGAAUCUUUGAAGAUGAUGGCCUGGUGUAAACGCUAAGACAGAGCUCCACGAGGAUUCCAAAUCACUGUAGACAAUUAUUUCGAAGCACAGAGUUUAUUUUUUGCGCAUCGUUAACUUGAAAAUCGUUUGAAUUGCACUUGCGUCUUAAUUAUCUGUUCGGAUUCAGAUUUUUAUCAGGUAUUCUCUUCGAUUUUUGAAUUGUUUUCCUUUCACCUAUUUUUCCAUAUUCAACUUCCAUGAAAACACUUCGUUUUUUAUAAUUUCGAACUAUUUUGAGAUUUAUCAAUGUUCUAAGAUUCAUCACUUGCUUUUACAGUUUUUGCAAAGUGAUUUUUCAUGGAAAUUGCUGUAAUGGAUCGUGUUUUGCUCAUAAUGGUCAAGUUGGAUGGUGUGUGGGGGCCUGACUUUGUCUUCAUGAACAAGUCGACAUUAGGUAUCCAUGUCCCGUAUUGUUGCACAUACGCAUCAUUCUUAGGCAUCCUUACCAACCGUAUUGAUCAAAUCCAAUCUAAUCCACAUUUUACCAUAUCAUACCUUCUUGAAUCCUGCCCCCCCACCUGUUCUAGUCAAUGACAAUGCUAGUUUACGCUUUUAUAUUGAUCUUAAGAUCCUUCAAUCAGAUUUUGCAAAAUAUCCUUUGUGUAUACAAUUUGUGAAAGAGAAACCACCUACUUAUGCUCCUGUUUCACCCGCUUGUACUUCAAAUACUUUGGUCACGCCUGCAGCUUAUUCUAAUGUUGAUUCGUUCAAUGCAAAUACCAGUUUCGUUGUUGUCCAUUCUCCAGAUCAAAUCUUGCAUCCUGAAAUCCAUUCUCAUGCUCCUGAAAAUAGUUUUGAUAAUGUUCUUUCAUCCACACCUUCUUUUUAUGCCGAUCAUUCUAGUAUUCCCUUCAAUGAACAUAACUUAGAAGAGCACAGUUCAUGUAGUGGCGUAUGUGCUGAAUGUUCUGAUGAGGACUCCCUUUCUUCUAGUUCUGAAAAUUUAGAAAAUCAGUCAUCAGAUGCCUUUGUGUUAAACCAGAACUGUGAUGUCAUUACACAUUAUUCUCCCAUUACGCUUGUGCUCCAUGGUAUCUACGUGAACAAGCAAGAUCUACUAUAUCACCUUAGACUGUACGCGAUCAAUAAUAACUUCCAAUAUUUGACAAAGACUUCAAAAAAGCAUACAUUGCAUGUGAUAUGUUUGGACAAAAAGAAUUGUAAAUGGGCUGUUCGUGCUGUUGGACUCAAAGGUGUUCAACUUUUUCAGAUUAGAAGAUUUGAUGUUGAUCACACUUGCUCAAUAGACUUUAGGCAAGGUGUUCAUCAUAGGCAGGCCAAUUCUGCAUUGAUUGCUGAGCUUAUAGCUCAUCAGUAUAUGGAUGCUUCCAAAAAACCCUAUACACCUAAACAAAUCAGGGAUGAUUUGUUGUUGCAAUAUGGAAUACCGAUCUCAUACAAGAAGUCGUGGGCUGCAAAGAAAUCUGCCAUGAGAAAACAGUUUGGUUCAAAUUCAGAGCAAUACCAAUUGUUGCCGUCGAUGGUCUAUAUGCUUGGCCAAGCUAAUCCAGGAUCUGAUGUCUUACUCAUUAGAGGAGAUGAUGACGUGUUUUGCUAUUUGUUCAUGUCACUUGCACCAUGGAAGAAUGCAUGGGAACAUUGCAUUCCUGUUCUUAUUAUCGAUGGUUCUUUUAUGAAAUCCUACUACAAAGGGACAUUGCUUACAACCUGCAGCCAAGAUGCAAACAAACAGAUUGUGCCUUUAGCGUUUGCGGUAUGUGAUUCUGAGACCACUCAGUCUUGGAAGUGGUUCUUUAUGAGGCUCAAAGAAUGCCUUAAACAUCGUGAUGACAUGUACAUUGUGUCAGAUAGACAUAAAGGUAUUAUCAAAGCUGCAAAGGCCAUCUUCCCACACGCUGCCCAUGGAUAUUGUUGUGAACAUCUCCGGCGUAACAUGAGAUCCAAAUUUCAAGGUAAGUCAUCCAACCAUGGAUGGAAAUUUAAAGUUGCAUGGGAGGCUGCAACUGUGAGUGAAUUCUAUGAAUACUUGUCCAUGUUGGAUGAGGAAGAUGCUAGGAUUCGUCCAUGGCUAGAGAAGAUUGGAAAGGAAAAGUGGGCUUGAAGCAUGGCAGUUAAGAGUCGAUGGAGUGUUAUGACCUCUAACUGUGCAGAGGCCAUGAACAACGUAAAUGCUAACGCAAGAGAGUAUGCUGUUGCUAAGCUUUUGGAUUUUCUCCGUGAAAGAAUGCAAACAUAGUUUACCGAGCGGCUCGAAGAAGCAACUUCAUCAACUACUCAUUUGACUCUAAAGUUUGAGAAAUAUUUAGUUUCAUUGCAGAGGGAAGCUUCUAGCAUGAGGGUCAAACCAUCUUGUCAUUACGAGUUUGAAGUUGUUGACAGACUUCGUAGAUCUUUUAUUGUCAAUCUCAUUGACCGAACAUGUACUUGUCGUGUGUUCCAAUUAGAGCACUUUGUUUGUGUACAUGCUGUAGCUGCCAUAGGUACCCGUCCUGGUGUUUCUUGCUAUGAUUAUAUAUCAUAUUAUUACACACGACAGUCUCUUGUGAAUACAUACAGUGGCAUACAACAUCCAAUUGGUGAUGUAUCUUCUUGGAUAGUUCCGCAUGAUGUUAAAAGUAUUCGUUGCAAGCCACCUUUAUGUUCUAAGAAACAAGCUGGUCGACCAAAAACAAAAAGGAUACCAUCAGUUGGUGAAGUUCGUGCAACCAAACGGAGAAAAUGCUCCCGAUGCCAUUCUGCUGGUCAUAACAAAAAAAGCUGCAGGAAUGCACUUACAAUUGAUUCGUAGAAAACUAUUUUGUACUUAUUUGUUUUUGAGUUUGAUGUUAAUUUUUGCUACUAUGUGAAGAUUGAGAUACAAAUUUUACACAAUGUUGUGGUUAUUAUCAAGAUAUCAUUUACUCCUUUCU